AUGGCCCAGCCCGAUCCUUCCCGAUGGUCUGAUCACCUUCCCCUGGUGCUGUUGUCCCUCCGUUCCACUCUCAUGGCCGACAUCGGUUGCACUGCAGCUGAUCUUGUCUACGGAACCUCACUACGACUGCCCGGUAAGUUAGUGUCUCCCUCAAACAUGCUAACGUUUUUCGAACCUUGCAGUUAUGUGGAGCAGCUGCGUAGUGUCAUGCGCAAACUCCGCGCAACGCCCCCUCGGGCGUCACCGGCCAAUUCCUUCAUCCCUCCCGACCUGGAUAAGUGCUAUUUCGUCUUGGUUCGGCAUGACGCUGUCCGACGACCACUCCAAACACCCUAUGACGGGCCGUAUAAAGUCCUCCGCCGAUCUGACAAAGAUGUUGUCAUCGACCGCAACGGCAAGACCGACACAGUCAGCAUUGAUCGCGUCAAGCCGGCCUACAUCGACGACAGUGACCAUCCCUCACCCCAACACUGUACCCCGCCUCAGACAGUGCGGCCCCCUCCACCUACUGGCGACAGGCCCCCUCCGGUUCGCCACACACGAUCUGGUCGCCACGUCCACUGGCCCGACAGGUUUGUGGCUGGCUAG